GCCCCGGGCGCGGCGGCAAGGGGCGCUGCCUCUUCAGCUAAGCCGUUAGCGCCCAGCCCGCCCGGGUGCGGGUCGCGGGUGGCGGCGGCAGUGGCACCCCUGCCAGUGAGCCCCUGUCCGAAGUGGGCCACGGCAUUGACUCGGGGCUGCCCGGGGACCAGGCACUGAGGAGGGAGCUGCGCGCGCGAGGCGAGGGUGAUGGGGCCGAGAAGAACCGGGGCGAUAGCGCGGCAGCGGUGACAGCUGGGACCCGCCGCGGUCGGGCUGCCCCCUCCCGUCGCCCCGACCGCUCCCCUGCUGGUGAGGGCCGGCGAAGGCGGCGGCGGCGGCGCCCCUGGUGGCAGUGGUGGUGGCGGCGGCGCCCCUGGUGGCAGUGGUGGCGGCGGCGGCGGGGCAGCCCCCCGGGAUCGUGUCCGGGGCUCGAGGGAGGAGUGGGUGGCGCCCGGAGAGCUAUGCGCGGACCUGUUCCGCCUUCUCAGUCUCUUCCUCCUCAGUCUCAUCGGUCUCGCAGAAUCCGCCGCCGGCGACGGCGGCGGCGGCGGCGGCGGCGCCAGAACAUGGAGCUCGAGAACAUCAUGGCCAACUCGCUGCUGCUGAAAGCGCGUCAAGGAGGAUAUGGUAAAAAAAGUGGUCGUAGUAAAAAAUGGAGGGAGAUACUGACGCUGCCUCCUGUCAGCCAGUGCAGUGAGCUCAGACAUUCCAUUGAAAGGGAAUAUAACAGUCUUUGUGACAAGCAACCGAUAGGAAGACUUCUCUUCAGGCAGUUCUGUGAUACCAAACCCACCCUAAAGAGGCACAUUGAAUUCUUGGAUGCAGUGGCAGACUAUGAAGUUGCUGAUGAUGAGGACCGAAGUGAUUAUGGACUGUCAAUCUUAGAUAUAUUCUUCAAUGAUAAGUUGGCAGCCCCUUUACCAGAAAUACCUCCAGAUGUUGUGAGAGAAUGUAGAUUGGGACUGAAGGAGGAGAACCCUUCCAAAAAAGUCUUUGAGGAAUGUGCUAGAGUUACCCAUAACUACUUAAGAGGGGAACCAUUUGAAGAAUACCAAGAAAGCUCAUAUUUUUCUCAGUUUUUACAAUGGAAAUGGCUGGAAAGGCAACCCGUAACCAAGAACACAUUUAGACAUUACAGAGUUCUAGGAAAAGGCGGAUUUGGAGAGGUUUGUGCCUGUCAAGUGCGAGCCACAGGAAAAAUGUAUGCCUGUAAAAAGCUACAAAAAAAAAGAAUAAAGAAGAGGAAAGGUGAAGCUAUGGCUCUAAAUGAAAAAAGAAUUCUGGAGAAAGUGCAAAGUAGAUUCGUAGUUAGUUUAGCCUACGCUUACGAAACCAAAGAUGCCUUGUGCUUGGUGCUCACCAUUAUGAAUGGAGGGGAUUUGAAGUUUCACAUUUACAACCUGGGUAAUCCCGGCUUUGAUGAGCAGAGAGCUGUUUUCUAUGCUGCAGAGCUGUGUUGCGGCUUGGAAGAUUUACAGAGGGAAAGAAUUGUAUACAGAGACUUAAAGCCUGAGAAUAUUCUCCUUGAUGAUCACGGACACAUCCGGAUUUCAGACCUCGGUUUGGCCAUGGAGAUCCCAGAAGGGCAGAUGGCUCGAGGAAGAGUUGGAACAGUCGGCUACAUGGCACCUGAAGUUGUCAAUAAUGAAAAGUAUACGUUUAGUCCCGAUUGGUGGGGACUUGGCUGUCUGAUCUAUGAAAUGAUUCAGGGACAUUCUCCAUUCAAAAAAUACAAAGAAAAAGUCAAACGGGAGGAGAUCGAUCAAAGAAUCAAGAAUGAUACUGAGGAGUAUUCCGAGAAGUUUUCAGAGGAUGCCAAAUCUAUCUGCAGGAUGUUACUCACCAAGAAUCCAAGCAAGCGGCUGGGCUGCAGGGGCGAGGGAGCGGCUGGGGUGAAGCAGCACCCCGUGUUCAAGAACAUCAACUUCAGGAGGCUGGAGGCAAACAUGUUGGAGCCCCCUUUCUGUCCUGAUCCUCAUGCCGUUUACUGUAAGGAUGUCCUGGAUAUCGAGCAGUUCUCGGCAGUGAAAGGGAUCUACCUGGACACCGCAGAUGAAGACUUCUACGCUCAGUUUGCUACAGGGUGUGUCUCCAUCCCCUGGCAGAAUGAGAUGAUCGAAUCUGGGUGUUUCAAAGACAUCAACAAAAGUGAAAGGGAGAAAGCUUUGCCGUUGAAUCUAGACAAGAGCAUACAUACCCCUGUUUCCAGACCAAACAGAGGCUUCUUCUAUAGACUCUUCAGAAGAGGGGGCUGCCUGACCAUGGUCCCCAGUGAGAAGGAAGUGGAACCCAAGCGAUGCUGAGCAUCCCCCUGCAGACCGCAGAGCAGACCCUGGCGCCAGGAAGGAGCAGGUGUGGGCGUCUCCUCCCAACUGGAAUUGUAAUAAAUACAUCUAAAUAAAACGUGCCUUGGGAGUGUGCAGAUCUUUCCACACUAAUA